CUCUCUCUCUCUCUCUCUUUAACCAAAUCUCACCACCACCACCACCACCACUACUGACAACCACCACCACCAAAUCCAAAUUCCAUCACCGGAUUUGGGGGUUUCAUCCGAAGACGAAGACCCUUGCUCAUCAAUGGAACCUAUUCACCAGGAAGAUGAUUCAUCUUCAUCUUCACCUUCAUCACCAACCCGCGGCGUAAAAGAAGACUUAUCAGAGAUCCCAAAAACCCUAACUCGUCAACUAUGGGGUGUCGCUUCCUUUCUCGCUCCUCCACCUCCCUCUGUCCCGAUCAAUCACCAAUCGGAUCCAUCAGAUCUGGAAGAUGCUGCUCCGGAGGGGAUAUUAGGGAUACGAAGAGACUUUGCAGAGAUUGGAGGGAGGUUUCGGAGUGGAAUAUCGAAGUUGUCGAAUAAUAUUGAUGUGUCGGAGACCAGAUGUUAUCGAUUAUUAUGUCCAAAUUUUGACCAGGGUUUUGGGCAGUGAGAAGGAUGCUUCCCUUUUCCCACUUAAACAAAUUUACAGGUAAAUGUAGUUAAAUAUUAGUCUGCUAUAUUAAGUC